GGUGUUUUGCAUCAAAAGAAAAAUCUUAAACUACAUAGGUACUGGCGUGUAUAGUAACACUCCAAAAGACGCAAAUUCAAUCCUUUUAGAACCUCUCAUACGCAAAUUCGUCACUCAUACGCUAAUUCCAAAGCUCGAAUAGCAGCUGAAAUGCCUGCAUUUUCUGUGGCUAGUGCAUGUAAAGCACCCACGACCUCAAUUAUCAAUUGUUCCAGAUUUUGUCAGCCUUCUUUUACCCCAAAACUAGGCAUUGAAUUGGCUACAUCAGGUUCAGCUGACAUUGGACUGUUGUCACUAAAAUUAAUGUCAAAGCAAGUGAAAGCUAUGACUUCGUCUGCAACUAUCCCCGCAUCGCAGUCAGAAAGUUCACCUUCAGUCUCACAGACCAAGCGGGCAUUGAUUUCAUUGUCUGAUAAGACUGAUUUAGCUCUGGUUGGAAGCGGGUUACAGAGCUUAGGGUACACCAUUGUCUCAACCGGAGGAACCGCAACUUCUUUGGAAAAUGCUGGUGUUUCUGUAAUUAAAGUGGAGCAGCUAACUUCUUUUCCUGAAAUGCUUGAUGGUCGUGUCAAAACUUUGCAUCCUUACAUACAUGGUGGCAUCCUUGCUAGAAGAGACCUUCAACAUCACAUGGAUGCUCUAGAGAAGCAUGGAUUUGGAACCUUUGACGUGGUGGUUGUAAAUUUAUACCCCUUUUAUGAUAAAGUAACUUCAGUUGGAGGAGUUCAUUUUGAGGAGGGAAUUGAGAAUAUUGAUAUUGGCGGGCCUACAAUGAUCAGAGGUGCUGCAAAGAACCACAAGGAUGUCUUGGUGGUGGUUGAUCCACAAGAUUACUGCUCUCUGAUAGAUUAUCUUAAGGGUGAUCAGGAUGACCAACAAUUCCGUAGGAAGCUUGCCUGGAAGGCUUUUCAGCAUGUAGCUGCGUAUGAUUCUGCAGUUUCAGAGUGGCUGUGGAAGGAGACUGAAGGAGAAGAUAAAUUUCCACCCAGCUUCACAAUACCAUUGUCCCUUAAAAGCUCACUUCGGUAUGGAGAGAAUCCUCACCAAAAAGCAGCAUUUUAUGUUGACAAGAGACUUGCUGAGGUCAAUUCUGGUGGUAUUGCUACAGCUGUUCAACACCAUGGAAAGGAAAUGUCGUAUAAUAACUACUUAGAUGCUGAUGCAGCUUGGAAUUGUGUCUCUGAAUUUGAAGAUCCCACUUGUGUGGUGGUGAAGCAUACAAACCCUUGUGGAGUUGCUUCACGUGAUGACAUCCUUGAAGCAUACAGACUAGCUGUCAAAGCAGAUCCAGUUAGCGCAUUCGGUGGCAUUGUGGCCUUUAACGUUAUAAUUGAUGAGACUCUUGCGAAGGAAAUUCGAGAGUUUAGAAGCCCUAUAGAUGGUGAGACUAGGAUGUUUUAUGAAAUUGUGGUUGCGCCCGGGUUUUCAGAGAAAGGACUUGAGGUACUCCGUGGAAAGUCAAAGACCCUGAGAAUUCUUGAGGCAAAGAAGAAUGACAAAGGAAAACUUUCUUUGCGACAAGUUGGAGGUGGUUGGUUAGCUCAGGAGUCUGAUGAUUUGACACCUGAAGAUAUCCAAUUUAAAGUUGUCUCCGAAAGAAGCCCAACAGCAAAGGAGCUAGAUGAUGCAAAAUUUGCCUGGCUUUGUGUGAAGCAUGUGAAGAGCAAUGCUAUAGUGAUCGCUAAGAAUAAAUGCAUGCUAGGCAUGGGUAGUGGGCAGCCAAACCGUGUUGAAAGUUUGAGAAUUGCUAUGAGAAAAGCGGGAGACGAGGUCAAAGGAGCAUCUUUGGCAAGUGAUGCUUUCUUCCCAUUUGCUUGGAAGGAUGCAGUAGAAGAAGCUUGUGAGAGUGGCGUAAGUGUCAUAGCGGAGCCUGGUGGCAGCAUUAGAGAUAAGGAUGCUGUAGAUUGUUGCAAUAAAUAUGGUGUCUCACUUUUCUUUACUGAAGUGAGGCAUUUCCGACAUUGAUCGAUGUAGCCAGUGUUGCCUUUCAUAUCAUCACAAUUAGAAGAGUUGUCGUACACCAUAAUGGAUUAGAGGGGUAAAUGUCGAAAUUUUGGUCGCCUGAUAAUGUUUAAUCUACCUGAGUUUGUAAUGUUAAUGUACCAAAAAGAUGUGUUCUUUUGGAUCGA